GCUGCGACACCGUGAGGAACAUCCGGGGCACAAACCCCGUCUGCCUCUGCUACGCCGUACAGCAGACGCACAACUGCUCCUCCCCCUGGAGCGCCUUAGGGCUCAAGGUCGAACGCCUGCUCAUGCUGCCCGGUGCUUGCAACCUCGACAACUCCAACGCUAGCAAUUGUAACGGAACUACUGUGUUUCUUCUUCUGCUAGUGAAGAGAAACAUCUUGAGGAAGAAAGAGCUGAAAAGGAUAAGAAACGGAGAGUUGAAGCUUUGUCGGUUUUUUCUGAGAUGAUAGAAACUGAUCACAUGAUGGAUUCUUACUGGUCUGACUUGAUAUCUCAUAACCGCCCUACUAAAAUCGAAGUCGAAGUUCAUGCUCCGGCUCAAAGGAAAAAGAGGAAAACUUCAAGACAAACAUCUGCUCUGAUUUCUGUUCCUGUUGUACAAGCCACAGAACAUAUUCAAAUUGGAAUAGCUUGUCCCACUAUGAAGCAAGUGCUAUCCUCAGAUAGGCCCAUAAUCAGUGUCAAUGCAAAGAUAGUCGAUAGGUGUAUGCCUACAGCUUUGGUUUUGAAUUUCAAUAAAUCCAGUCCUCUUCCUUCUGAAGUUGAUCUGAUUAGGAUUUUCUGUCGCUAUGGGCCCAUAGUGGAAGUAGCAACAGAAGUUCAACAGGAGAGCAACAGCGUCAAACUAAUUUUUAAGCGGCUUACUGAUGCCGAGAUGGCUUUUAGUAGUGCCAGAAAAUAUGGAUGGUUUGGGCCAUCACUUCUCAGUUAUCAUCUCAGAUAUCUAUCGUCAACACCAGAUACUUUUGCUGACAUCCAACAAUCAGACAAUUAUGCUGCACUACCAGAACAUAGCAACUUGGAAACUCCAGGGAAUGAUUCUGAACAGUUGCAUUCUUGCUUAUGAGAUUUGGAAGAUGGCAUCAGAGGUAGUACAAUAAAUAGUAUAUCUCUUCAUUUGCUUGUUAACUAUGAACAUUUUCUUUGUUCUUCUAUGCUUCCUUCACU